GGGGUGCCAGCUAGAUCGUAGCUGCAACAAGUGGGACCUCAUCCCUGAUUUACUCCCUCGUAUCAUAUUCGCUAUUUCGGUGUUCCACGCUUACGGCCAUCAGUGGCCAUGUCAAAUUGUGUAUCAUCCGCGGAAGUGUGUAGGUUUUGGAUUCUCCGACGGAGAGGGCUGCGAGCGCCUCUGGAGUGCGCUUAAAGCCUUGAUUCCUACGUUACGCGUGUCCGGUUUUCAUCAACGACUAUUCGCUCUCGAUGUUCAAAUAACUUUCCUGGACUGCAAAUCAAGGGAAUCCCUUGGAUCCUGGCUGUUCCGACGCUGGCAGACAACAUGUCAACGACUCACAGAAGCUAGUGUAGGUCUCAGUAAUCUAGGUGCGUCGAAGGAAGAGCUGCGUGGAUUGUGGAAAGAGCAGGUCGACUACCAAACGAGGCCUCUUGAACGUCAAUCCACCAAACGCGCGCAGCAAAAGCUCGCACACUAUAUAUCCUUAGAACGCUCCCAUGAAGAGGCUAAGGAAGAACUUGCUCGGGAAAAACGGAAGUCUUCGUCCCGGCGUAACGUCUUCAGUGCUGACGAAGCGUUGAAGCUAGAGGAGACGGAAGCACGUUGCGCGCGUCUACAAGUUGCAGUCAAUUCAGCAAAGGCAAGCAUGGGCGUCGAUAAGCAAACUCUUAGCAGGCUCCAGUCGGACGAAUACUUCGUGGGGCGUCUGAAGGCGCUCGCUGUCAAACGGCAACUGCGAGACAAGCUAAGGCAACGCAAGUUCGAGUUGUCUAGGCUCGAGCGAGUGUAUAGGCAGACGCGGAACGAGGAACGCUUGCAAGAGCAUACGACUGACUCCCUCAAGCGACGCGAGCCAACGAUAACUCAACUUGUGACGCGGUACAAUAACCUAGUCGUGCAGCUGGCGGGCAUCAAGCGGACGACUCCAAAGCUGUCGUCUGUCGUGCUUCCUCUCAAAAUUGAUUGCGACGGGAUCUUUGCUUUAGACGUAGAUGACAACAUCUGGGACGACGUGGGACUCGACGAGUCGUCUACUAACGCCGCUCGCUGGAUGUCAGACAGCAACAUACGGAUUGGGAUCCGACACGUGCUAACCUUUGAUAGAUGCGAAGAGGAGAAGGCCAGGGUCCGCGCUGAACGCACCCGUCUUCAAGAGUGGAGUAGAGGGACGUGGGACGCACUAGUGAAUGUCACUAAUAAUCAAGGUUCGUCGUCAUUACUCUCUGCCGAGUCGGCACUUUAUAGUUCAUAG